CCUCGAACCUCACGGAGAGAGAGAGAGAGAGAUCUUUUGGUGUGUUAUGGAGAAGAGCGACCACAGAAUCGAAUCCAAGCGCCGAUGUCCGAACUCCCCCGCCGUUAUCUCCUUGUAGCAACCCUGUGUUUGAACAGAGCCCAAGGAGGUGCCCCGCAGGCUCUCCUCCUUCCCACCCAUCUACUGCUAUAAUUACUGCUGGGGUUAUUUCCAUGCUUGCUGAACUCUUUCUCCUACUACUACUGCUGCUGCAGCAGCAGCUGCUACUCCUUCCCCGAGUCACUCCAGUGGCAUGCCGAGAGCUGCUUCCCCUUGUUUUUUCUGAUGGCCUCCACCUCUUUCCUCCUCUUCCCUCCCCCAGUUCAUGACUCUUCCGCAUCCUCCUCCGCUGAUCAUCCCAACUCCAACUCCAACUCCUCCUCCUCCUCCACCACAUCAUCAUCGUCAUCACUUAUUUAUACCAACUCCACCACGCUUCCUCCACCCCAACCACUACUGUUUUUGCCUCCCCAGUCGAUUUAUUAUCAGCAUCAGCAGGAGGAAGAGCUUCUGCAACUCAUCUAUCUCCACCAGCAGGAGGAACAAGAUAAGAUGGUGAAGAAGAGGCUGGCGUCGGAGCUCGACCUCCAGUCCGGUCCUUCUUCUUACAGCGCAGCUCGUCUACCUCGCCGCGGUGUUUCCACCGGCUCUUCCGCGACUCCUGCGUUCCCAGGGGACCUCUCCGGCCAGCCCUCUCUACUGUUCAAUCCGUCUUCGACGCCGUCCGUUGACGUCGGUCAACACAACGCUGCGGCUUCGGUUUUGUUGCCUGUUACAACUAGUAGUACUCCGCCCGUUCCUCUGCCAUCUUUGCCUGCUCCUCCGCUUCCCGCUCUUCCCUCUCCGGCUGUCUGUGGUUUCUCCGGCUUGCCGCCGUUUCCGCCCGAGUUUGAUCGGAUUGUUUUGCCCGCUUCGAGCGCGGAGGGCCUUCAGCUGGUUUCUUCCUCUGCCGGCGGCGUUGGUGGUGGUGGCUCCGAUGAUGAUGGGGCGGGCACCGCUUGGGUGGACGGGAUUAUCCGCGAUAUAAUUAGUAGUUCGGCCGGUGGCGAGGUUUCCAUACCUCAGAUAGUCAAUAGUGUCCGCGAGAUCGUCCACCCUUGCAACCCAGGCUUGGCGGCCCUCCUUGAGCUGCGACUCCGGUCGCUUAUAUCCGACCCGUCGCCGGUUCCAGUGGUGCCCUCCCUCCCCGGGAGCGCUGCAUCGGAUCUCUCCGACAAGCGGCGGAGAGACACCAGGAUGGCCCCGCCGCUUCCGGAAGUAGGCCCGGCGCCCAAACGGGCGAAUCCGCCGCCGCCAUUCCCUUCCGCAGCGGUAGCUACUUGCGGUCGAUGGGAAGAGCCGACGAGUCGCCUCCAGAGUGCGCAGCAGAGGCCGCAGCCACCAUUGCAACCUCAAACUCAUCCACAACGGAGCUCCAACUCCGUUUCCUCCGAGGAGGCAACUGCUGCGACUUCGGCUGCCGCAGCGGCAGCGGCAGCGAAGGAGAAGAGGGACGAACUGCAACUGAGGAAGCGGGACGAGGAGGGCCUCCACCUGCUGACGCUCCUGCUCCAUUGCGCGGAAGCGGUAGCCGCGGACAACCUGGAGGAGGCUAACCGGCUGCUACUGGAGAUAUCGGAGUUGUCGACCCCCUUCGGCACGUCGGCCCAGCGCGUGGCGGCCUAUUUCUCGGAGGCCAUGUCGGCUCGUCUGGUGAGCUCGUGCCUGGGCCUCUACGCUCCGCUUCCGACGGUGCCCCACCGCCACCGUCUGGCCUCCGCCUUCCAGGUCUUCAACGGCAUCAGCCCCUUCGUCAAGUUCUCCCACUUCACGGCCAACCAGGCCAUCCAGGAGGCGUUCGAGCGCGAGGACCGUGUGCACAUCAUCGACUUCGACAUCAUGCAGGGCCUCCAGUGGCCGGGUCUCUUCCACAUCCUGGCCUCCCGUCCCGGCGGCCCGCCACGGGUGCGCCUCACAGGCCUCGGAUACUCGAUGGAGGCACUCGAGGCUACCGGCAAGCGCCUCUCCGACUUCGCCGAAACGCUCGGCCUCCCCUUUGAGUUCAUCCCCAUUGCCGAGAAGGUCGGCAAUCUGGACCCCGAGCGCCUUGGUGUCUCCCGCCGCGAGGCCCUCGCCGUUCACUGGCUGCAGCAUUCUCUCUACGACGUUACCGGUUCCGAUACCAACACUCUGUGGCUUCUCCAGAGGUUGGCACCCAAGGUGGUGACAAUGGUGGAGCAGGACCUCAGCCAAGCAGGUUCCUUCUUGGCCCGGUUCGUGGAGGCAAUCCACUACUACUCAGCCCUGUUCGACUCGCUCGGCGCCAGCUACAGCGAGGACAGCCAGGAGCGGCACAUCGUGGAGCAGCAGCUGCUGUCUCGCGAGAUCCGCAACGUGCUCGCGGUGGGCGGACCGGCGCGCACUGGCGAGGUCAAGUUCAGCAACUGGAGGGAGAAGCUCGGCCAGUCCGGGUUCCGCGGGGUCUCGCUCGCCGGCAAUGCAGCGGCCCAGGCCACCCUCCUCCUCGGCAUGUUCCCCUCCGACGGCUACACUUUGGUGGAGGAGAACGGCACUCUUAAGCUGGGAUGGAAGGAUCUUUGCUUGCUCACCGCUUCCGCUUGGAGGCCAAUCAGCCACUCCCGGCCGCCGCCACCUCCACUCUAGUUUCUUCUAAUGCUCCUCGUUACUUACUGACCGUACCAUCCCAGAGACCGAGAUAGGGAGCGGCAGUGUGGUCUCACUCGCGAUCUCGAGAAAGAGAGGAAAGACACGGUGAGUUGGCCGUGGCCGUGGCCGUGGCCGUGUCCUUGUCCUCUCUCCCGGCUGACAGGCGCAGUCAGUGUGCAGUCAGUGUUUGGAGGAAGCCCAAGCAUGGGAGAGAUGUUUAGGAUUUCUAAUGGUGCUAUGGUAACAGUUGAUCUUUAGGGUUCGGCGCCACGGGGAAUGCCAGAGUGUGGCAGACACCGCAGCUCGAAGUGUCAUGUCAAAGAUAUGAGGAAAUUUCUCCAGGCAGCAGUAAGAUGGCGAUGGAGUCGGAGAUUGGUCGAUGCGUUGGUUUGGUGGAGAGAAGCCAUCCUCUUUCGGGUCCGUUCUAUCAAUGACGAGGCCUACUGUUGCCAUAGAUCAAUCAUUCAUAUGUUUUAAUUAGUCACACGCCUACAGGAUGGAGUCCAUUGCAGAAGUAUCAAGAGAAAAAGGACGUUCGUAUUCCCUGUUCUCGGAAGCAACCUCUUCUCUACAAGCUACAGUGAAAAGGACUGCUAAUUGCAGAAUUAUUGGUCUGUUGCAGUGGAGGAGAUGUACGCGGACGCAUUAUUAGGCAUCUUAGAUCGAAUCCGUGACUUGGAUCGAGUGGAAGAGGCGGAUCUGGGAUGGAGUCGCGGGGGCAUAAUUGGAAAUGCCUCUUCGGUGGCGUCCGAGGCUAAUGAAUUGGCAUUUAUCGCUGUACUCGAUGCAAACGUUGCAUGCAAUGAGGCUAAUAAUGCAUUGCAUGGCUCGUUGAUGCCGUGCCCACGUAAUCCUCACUAAUAUCUUGCAGCUCUAUGUAAAAUAUCAUUAGGAAAUUUAGAGGUACCUUUUGAGAUUUAAUCUAAUAGUCUAAUUAAAUAGAAUUUGUUUCUUUC